CAACUACGGAUCACGGAACUACGGAAACUACGGAAACCAUUUAUUUCUUCCUGCGGCCCUGCGUUUCCCCACGAUAUCCCCACAGAAAGGUCAAUCUUCAAUCUGUGUCUCUGGCCCGUCUGGUUCGUGAUAUGCCCCGGUGCUGCUGCGUGCGUCCAUCCCACGCCACGCACGCCUUUGUCGUUCCUACCUUCCAACGCUGGCCGCAUUCCUUCACGAGCUCGACAUCCCCAAUAAUGCCGAGGCUGUCCCACUCCUGUCUCUUGUGAGCAGCAUUGUCCAUCCUUGCAACCGUCCCGUCCUAUCAAUGCGAAGCCGGAGGCCUCAACCAGAACGCCGCCGAUUUCGCCACCUACAACAGUACAGUCCAGCAGUAUACUCCCUACAUCCCACCUAUAUCCACGUGUGGACACCCCACCCCCGAUUCCAGAAAUCGAACAGAUCCGAUUUCCUGACCUCCCUGUUGCGACGGAACCGAGAGAGCUCACGACGAGAUUGAGGGAAUCAUGGCCGUCAUCUUCGCGCCGACCACCGUGCCCAUGGGCGACUGGCACGGCGUCUUCCGGCAGCCCAAACCCCCGCCCUCCUCCCCUCGCCCAUCCGGCAGCGACGCCGCCAGCCUCACGCGCGUCGACUCCUCGCGCUCCGGCAGCAGCAGAUCCGAGUGGCGCCAGUCCAACUCUCUACGCAACAUGUUCGGCAAGUCUUCCUCCUCCUCCUCCAAGAAGCAGACAUACUCCCCGCCGCCCAUCCCGGAGAUCAGCGCCGACCGCCCGCGCCACCGCGUCGAGCUCACGCCCACCGAAUUGAGUGAUGAUAUCUCCAUAUCGCGCACCAGCACGAAUGGCGGCUCCAGCGUGUCGGAUGGAGCGUCCUUCAUCGAUUCACCCACCGGCGCCCACCCGCCGCAGAUGAGCGAGAGGCUCGCCCGGGUCUUCGCCACGAAAGCCCUGCUCGUCCUCAAAGCCGGCCGUCUGUAUCUGCAGAGCGAGGAGAAGCCUGUGACGAGGAAGCGCGACAGCUUCCUGGCUGCGAUGCCGAAGCGCAGUCUCGAGAGGCCGCCGACGAGCGCGCCGCCGCCGCCGGCGCAGUGGGAGCCGCCGCCUUUCUUCAAGGUGUUGUCGGGGGCGGUGAAGCAUGGCUCGCUGAUGACGUGCGGGGUUACUGCGAAUGCGGUGAUCUACCUGAGCACGCACGAUAAGGGCGGGAGGAAUGUGGCUGCCGUGGGCUUUGGGUCGGAUCCGGCGAAGGCGGAUAAGGCGAAGGAGAAGCAUCGGCAGCGUGUUGUCGAGACGCUGGGGAAGGGGGAGUGGAGUCGCAAGAUCUUUGUGUUGACGUCGGCGGGGUACUUGUUGCAGUUCUCGUGUGAUGGGGCGUUUAAUAGGCUGCCGGAGCAGUCGAUUCGGCUUAGUAGGCACUCGGUGGCGUUUGCGAGUGAUGUGAUCCCGGGCGAGCACUGGGUUAUCCAAAUCACCACCGUCUACGACGGGCUCGCCGCAGUUACGCCGGGCGAGCUAUCAGCUACUCCCGCGCCGCCUGCGCAGCAACGCCCGGGGUCUAACUCGACAUACAUCAAGCCCAUCAAGCAGUUCCUUCUCAUCAUGGACAACGGCGAAGAUCUCGACACCUGGCUCACCGCCGUGCGCCACGAGAUCAACGUCUUGGGGGGGGAAGCAACCAGCGAAACUCGUGCAAACAACAACCCGGAGUUAUCGCGCAGCCCCCUCGCCGAGACAACAAACGCCUUCCCCAUCCCCUCCCCAAACAACGAGCCCCUUUACUCCCCGCACUCGGACGACACCAACGAUAACAAUGACACCCACGAUAACAACGACCCCAACGAUAACAACGACCCCAACGAUAACAACGACCCCAACGAUAACAACGACCCCCUCCCCUGGGAAACCGAUGAGCGCACGGCCAACCUUCCCCCCUGGCCCGCUGACGACGCAACACCGCAGCCCAGCCGCGCUACGAACACCCUCUCCUCGGUUGCAAGCGCGAACUCAAUCGAAGAACACCUCCUCGAUUCGCUACGGGAUAGUAAUACGUACAGCCAACCCCGCUCCUCGGGGGGACGCACAUUCUUCACCUCCCCCUCCGCUUCGCGCCACUCGUCACCUACCCGAUCGCCGAUUUACGAAUCCUUCCCCCCCGCCCUCACCGCCGAGGACGAAGAAGACCGUUACGGAUUCGGUGAAUUCGGCAACAACCAGCACCAGCACCAACACCAACAACAACACCUCAACGCAGCCGACAUCCGCGAACGCCGCCAAAGCGCUCAAGGCGCCCAUCCGCCGGUGCUAGACGCCAUAAUCGCACCCACCACAACAACAACCCCUCUUUCCCCACCACCACCAACCGACUGCUCCCAGCAGCCCCCCCGCCGCCCAGAACGCCACACACCCCCCACGGCAUUAAAAACCCGUCUCUCAAUCGUAGAAGAUCAACCUUUACCAGCAAUGCUCUCAGAUGAGUUAAUGGAUGAAAUCUCCGCUCCAGCGCUUAGCCCGAGGUCGAGGGCGAGGAGACAGAUGCAGAGGGGGGCUGCUAUUCCGAUUCCCCCGCCGAGGUCGGGGAGGAGGACGAGUAGUCUGCCUGCUGCGCGGGGCGCGGUGGGUGGGGGUGCGUCGCUACCAACAUCCCAAGGGCUGGGUUCGAGUCCGACGGAGGGGGAGGGGGAGUCGGAUGAUGAGUUUCAGUUUCAUUAUUGGACGUCGAGGUUGAGCCCGCCGCCGAGGACGCAUACACCUACGUCCCCCUCACUCGGUAUCGCUGAGCUCGCUCACUCUGAGCACGCGGCGGGGGGUCCUGGGGCGCCGCCGCCGUUACCGAUGUUUUCUUACCCCUUCCCGCCUUCCUCCUCCUCCACACCCGCUUCCAACGAGGGCCCGUCAUUCUCCGACCCAUCUCUGUCACCGAUUAUUGCACCGCAUACGGCGCGGGCGAAUGCGAAGGCGCAGGCGGCGAGGGACAAGAGGGCUUCUAUUAAUGGCGCACCCGGCGCCGGUUUGGGUCUCGGUAUUGGUGCCGGAAGAGAGCGACGCACCUCAAUCGGUCGAGUAGGGGAGGGUGGGAAGAGGAUGUCCAUCGCCCGCGGUGGUGGUGGAGGAGGGGGAGGGGGUGAUGGGAGGGAGAAGCGUGACUCAAUAGUCGUCAUGCGUGAACGCCGCGUCCCGCCGAAACCGUUGGGGAGUAGGGGGUUCAUCGCUCUUGCUGCCGAAGCCGGGGGUGCGGGGGGUGGUGGUGGCGGCGGAUACGGCACCUACGGCGGCCUCGCAGGAGUCGUGAGUACCGGCCGCGUCGUGAAGGCUGUGGAUCGCAUGGUUAUCCGCGAGCGUGGCGCGUCGAUUAGUAACUCUUAUGGCGAGAGAUCAGCGCCGCUGUUGAAAUCACCUUCUUUUUCGACAACGGGAGGGGGCAGGCCGAAGAGUAGGAGGGCGGCGGAGGCGGUGGUUGGGCCACCGCUUGCGCCGCCGCCUACGAGGGGGUUGCCGCCUGUUCCGCGUGGGGGGGCGAGGGGGAUGUCGAAUGCGGGGGGGGUAGGGGGAUGA